AUGGAGGCGCUGCUGCACCAGUUCCCCGUUCCGCCGCCGCAGCCGCUGCCGCAGGACGCGUUGCUGCAGCAGGCUGUGGCGGCGCGCGCGCUAAUGAUGGCCGCCGGUGGGAACAUGGCGCCGUCGACCGCGACCACGGCCGCGGGGGCGGGGCGGGAGCAGUGCCCGCGGUGCGCGUCGCGGGACACCAAGUUCUGCUACUACAACAACUACAACACGGCGCAGCCGCGGCACUUCUGCCGCGCGUGCCGCCGCUACUGGACGCUCGGGGGGUCCCUCCGCAACGUCCCCGUGGGCGGCCCGUUCGCCGCCUCUCCAGCAACGCUGCUGCAGGGCACGGGAGGUGGCGGCCUCCUCCUCAGCUCGCUGCUGCUGGGCUCGGUGUCCGCGUCGGCGGCGUCGGCGUUGGCGUCACCGCUACUCGCGCUCGGCACAGCGCCGCUGCUGGAAGGCCGGCUCGUCUUCGACCUCGGCCUCGGGGACGCAGCGCUAGCCGACUUGGCUCACCACCAGCAACUGUCGCUGGGCGCCGGGCCGCUCCCGUGGCCCGCAGCGACGACCGUCUUGGAGGGCGACCGCGCGGAGACGACGACGUGGAAAGCCGCUAGUAGCGUGUUCCCCUACCCGCCGGCCGCCGCGCUGUGGCAGGAGCUUGCCGCGGCGGCGCCGGUGGUGGAGGCCGGUGGGCUGCACCUGCACCACGGCGGCGCCCCGCACCUGCUCCUGUGA